AUGACAGUCACGCGCCUCGUGCCCGCCGCCGGCGCCUCCUGCCACGAGCUCGACGAGAUCGCCGUCGUGUCCACCAACGCCGACCCGUGCCACGUCAAGUAUGGCAGCGGCUCCCUCACCGCCGUCAACGGCCCCCGCCUCGUGCCAGGUAUCAUCACGUCGUCGGGGCGCAUCGGCGAGCGGCUGAGCGCCUCUGGCACGCGCCUCAACUCGUCCAGCCCUGUGCCUUACGGCGGCGGCGGCGGCGGAGGCAACAAGAGCAGCACGGAGAGCGUGCGCGGCCUCAAGUCCGUCUCGCGGCAGAGCCUGCUCGACAUCGUCAGCUGCCGCUUCGGCGUCGGCCGCACCGCCCGACAGCAACAUCAUAAACAGAGACAGGAGCAUCAUCGGUCGUACUUCUCGUCGUCGCGGGACUCGCUGUCGGCGGCGUACGUGAACCGCGCGGCGGCGGUGUCGACGGCGGCCAGCGAGCUGGACCUGUCGCGGAAGGCGCGCCGGCGCGAGCUGCGCGGCCGCCUCAAGCUGCCGCCCGCCACCGCCGCCUUCGCCAAGUCCGCCGCCGGCUGCGGCGCAGACGCGCCCUCCCUGCUCGGCCGCUGGGGCGAGCGCGCCUCGGGCAGCAUGGGCCCCGGUGAAACGGUACCAACGACGACUGAUGAGAAUCGGGGCGGCGCGUGCGGCGGCAACGGCAGCGUGAGCCCGGCGAGCGCGGAGCGCCUGCAGCAGCGCCACCUGGGCUACUACCCGCGGCUGCGCGCCGGCGCGCCCAAUUGGUCGUUCGUCUUCGACCCCGCGGGCCGCCUCUGCUACUACUGGUCCAUGGUCGUCUCGCUCGCCUUCCUCUACAACUUCUGGGUCAUCAUCUACCGGUUCGCCUUCCAGGAGAUCAACGGCGAGACGAUCGUGGUGUGGUUCUGCCUCGACUACCUGGCAGACUUCCUGUACCUGGCCGACAUCGUGUUCCACUUCCGAACUGGUUACCUCGAGGACGGCGUGCUGCAGACGGACUCGACCAAGCUCCGCCACCACUACAUGAACUCCACCACGUUCUACAUCGACUGCCUGUGCCUGCUGCCGCUCGACUUCCUGUACCUUUCGAUCGGCUUCAACUCCAUCCUGCGGUCGUUCCGCCUCGUCAAAAUCUACCGCUUCUGGGCCUUCAUGGACCGCACCGAGCGGCACACCAACUACCCGAACCUGUUCCGGUCCACCAGCCUCAUCCACUACCUGCUGGUGAUCUUCCACUGGAACGGCUGCCUGUACCACAUCAUCCAGAAGAACAACGGUUUCGGCAGCAAGAACUGGGUGUACAACGACAGCGAAAGCGCCGACGUGGUGAAACAGUACCUGCAGAGCUACUACUGGUGCACGCUGGCGCUGACCACCAUCGGCGACCUGCCGAGGCCUCGCAGCACCGGCGAGUACGUCUUCGUGAUCGCGCAGCUGCUGUUCGGCCUGCUGCUGUUCGCCACCGUGCUCGGACACGUCGCCAACAUCGUCACCAGCGUCAGCUCCGCGCGCAAGGAGUUCCAGGCGAAACUGGACGGGGUGAAGACGUACAUGCGCAUGCGGCGGGUGCCGAGUCACCUGCAGGUGAAGGUGAUCAAGUGGUUCGACUACCUGUGGCUGACGCAGAAGUGCUCCGACGAGGAGAAGGCGGUCAGCUGCCUGCCAGACAAGCUGAAGGCGGAGAUCGCCAUCAACGUGCACCUGGACACGCUGAAGCGCGUCGAGAUCUUCCAGAACACGGAGGCGGGCUUCCUGUGCGAGCUGGUGCUGCGACUGCGCCCCGUGCUCUUCUCGCCCGGCGACUACAUCUGCCGCAAAGGGGAGGUCGGUAAGGAGAUGUACAUCGUGAACAGGGGCCGGCUGCAGGUGGUGGCGGACAACGGCAAGACGGUGCUGGCCACGCUCAAGGCGGGCUCCUACUUCGGCGAGAUCAGUAUCCUCAACAUGGGCACAGCAGGCAACCGCCGGACAGCGUCGGUCCGGUCGGUGGGCUACAGCGACCUGUUCGUGCUGAGCAAGAAGGACAUGUGGGACGUGCUCAAGGAGUACCCGGCGGCCAGGGUGCGCCUCGAGGCCAUCGCGGUGAAGCGGCUGGAGAAGUACAAGCGGGCGCCCCUCGAGAAGGCGGCGAUGGGGCGCAGCCAGUCGACGCCGGGCCUGGUGGAGUCCCGCGGCCGCAUCCCGCUGGAGGACAUGUGGGUGUCGCCGCUGGAGCCGCUGCUCACCGGAGGCUCGUCCUCGGGGCCGCCGCCCUACUCCGCCAACUCGCUCUUCAGCCCCGCGCUCAGCCCCACCUCCCGGUCGCUGGCGUCGCACCUGCGGCCGGCCGAGUCUCCGCUGUCGGCCACGUCGAGCGUCCACUCCUCCGACGACGAGCGGCGGGCGCCGGGGGCGGCGUGUCCCGGCGCCUCGGCCGCCCCCGCCUCCAGAACAGGCCGCGGCACGCGAGGCUACGGUUCGUGCGAGCCGACGCUGGCGCCCUCGACGACGCCGACGCCGCUGCUGGAGACGACACCACUGGUGGCGUCGUGCGCCAGCGAGCACUCCUCGGCGUCGCCCAUCAGCGCGGACCUGCCCGCCGCCAGAGCCGCCGCGGCAGGCGGUGCGGCGGCGGCGGCGCCCGCACACGCGGCGCCCGCCGCUGGCGCGGACGACGGCGGCAUGAUGUCACACGAGGCCUUAAUCGCGGAGAUCAAGCGUCUGCGCGAGCGGCUCAUGGUGCUCGAGACGGAGAACGCGUCGAUGAGCAUCAAGCUGAGCCAGCAGCAGUGGGAGGUGGAGCACCGCCUCGCCGAGAUCGAGAUGCAGAUCUGCGGCGCGUCCAGCGGCGGCUCCAGCACCGAGGACAACGAGCGCAACCGCGAGUCCAUCAUUUAA